UCUCUCUCUCCCUCCCUCUCUCUUCCUUAGGAUAUUUUGGGUGGAUUGUGGUUACUAAUCAAGACCUCCUGCUAUUUGUUGUUCACUUGUCAUUUUCACUGAAGAUUAGCAUCAUUCAGGGCAAACCGGUAUCUGAUUCCCCCCCCCCCCCUUUUUUUUUCUAAUUUGGAGAUUUAUUUAUUUUUUAUGAUUUGUUUUAUUUUUUUUCGUGGUGGGAGUGCUAGGACCCAGGAGACAUCCUUUCAUACAGCGGGGGCUGUGUGCUUUCCACAUAGCAGUACAGUACAAGGAAAACCCCAUCGUAUCCGUUAUUGCAGGAUACUUGUGAAAUACACAUAGGAUUCUUUCUUUCUUAUUGCUGCAUCCUGGAUCGGGAAAUUUUGCAUGUGCAGCAAGAGGCUUUGAAAGGCUACGCGCUCAGAGAUUUGCAAUCAAGAUUCCUUUUCUUGUCCUAGAGCUCUCAGACUUGUGUGGUUCUCAGUCUUCUCCUCGUCCUUUCCUCCCCCCCUCCCCCCCUUUUUUGUUUUAAUUAAUUUCUGCUUUACACCUGGAUCGUAUCUUCGCGAGCAAACUGGGCACUUUCAGAACUAACGGGAGCGAAUCUUGCAGGGAAUCUAAGUCUAUAUGGAAUUAUCUGCUUUGAUGGUGAACUUGGCACUUGUGAAUGGGCAUCUGGUUCGAAUUAUUAAUUGCUAGCAAAAAAGAGGAGUAAAAAACGUGGAUUCAGCGAAUACGCAUUGUGAUGACCAGUUACCUUAUUGACUGAUAUCAAGAUCAGAAUAUAUUGGAAGACUGUUGUGGAGCUCUGGCUGGUCUGGAACACUGGACUGACUGACUGAUUUCACUGUGAUCUAGGGAUGGCAAUCCGGAAGACAGGGAGCAGCCUUUAAGAGCUGGAAGAUGAAAGCUCCUAUUCCACACUUGAUUCUCUUGUAUGCUACUCUUACUCAGAGCUUGAAGGUUGUGACCAAAAGGGGCUCAGCUGAUGGAUGCACUGACUGGUCGGUGGAUUACAAGAAGUAUCAAGUUCUAGUGGGAGAGCCUGUUCGUAUAAAAUGUGCAUUAUUUUAUGGCUAUAUCAGAGCGAAUUACUCUCUAGCACAAAGUGCUGGCCUUAGUUUGAUGUGGUACAAAAGCUCUGGACCUGGAGAUUUUGAGGAACCUAUAGCUUUUGACGGAACUAGAAUGAGUAAAGAAGAGGAUUCUAUUUGGUUUCGGCCAACAGUGGUGCAAGACAGUGGUCUUUACGCAUGUGUUAUAAGAAACUCUACUUACUGUAUGAAAGUCUCCAUCUCGCUGACAGUGGGUGAAAAUGACACCGGACUCUGCUACAAUUCAAAGAUGAAGUACUCUGAAAAAGCUGAACUUAGCAAAAGCAAGGAAAUCUCGUGCCCUGACAUAGAGGAUUUUUUAAUUCCUUAUAGAGAGCCUGAAAUCCUGUGGUAUAAGGAAUGCAAGGCAAAAACAUGGAGACCGAGUAUUGUGUUCAAAAAGGACACUCUCAUCAUCCGGGAGGUUAGAGAAGAUGACAUUGGAAAUUACACUUGUGAGUUAAAAUACGGAAUCUUUGUUGUCAGAAGAACUACAGAAUUAACAGUUACAGCACCACUAACAGAUAAACCACCAAAGCUUUUGCACCCUUUGGAAAGUAAGCUGAUGAUUCAGGAGACCCAGCUAGGCAAUUCUGCUAACCUAACCUGCCGAGCUUUCUUUGGAUACAGUGGAGAUGUCAGUCCUUUAAUUUAUUGGAUGAAAGGAGAGAAGUUUAUUGAAGAUUUGGAUGAAAAUCGGGUCUGGGAAAGUGAUAUUAGAGUUAUUAAGGAACAUCUUGGAGAACAGGAAGUUUCCAUCUCAUUAAUUCUCGACUCGGUGGAAGAAGGGGACCUAGGAAAUUACUCAUGUUAUGUUGAAAAUGGAAAUGGACGCAGACAUGCCAGCAUUCUUCUACAUAAGAGGGAGCUGAUGUAUACAGUUGAGCUUGCUGGUGGGCUUGGUGCUAUUCUGCUGCUGCUUGUUUGUUUAGUGACUAUCUACAAGUGUUACAAGAUUGAGAUUAUGCUCUUCUACAGGAAUCAUUUUGGAGCUGAAGAACUAGAUGGAGACAACAAAGAUUAUGAUGCAUAUCUGUCCUAUACCAAAGUGGAUCCAGACCAGUGGAAUCAAGAAACUGGGGAAGAAGAACGAUUUGCUCUUGAGAUCCUACCAGAUAUGCUUGAAAAGCAUUAUGGGUACAAGUUGUUCAUACCAGAUAGAGAUUUGAUUCCCACUGGAACCUACAUUGAAGAUGUGGCAAGAUGUGUAGACCAAAGCAAGCGACUGAUCAUCGUCAUGACUCCAAAUUAUGUGGUAAGGAGAGGCUGGAGCAUCUUCGAACUGGAAACUAGGCUUCGGAACAUGUUAGUCACUGGAGAAAUUAAAGUGAUACUGAUUGAAUGCAGUGAACUCCGGGGAAUUAUGAACUACCAGGAGGUCGAGGCCCUGAAACAUACCAUCAAGCUUCUAACUGUCAUUAAAUGGCAUGGACCAAAAUGCAACAAGUUGAAUUCUAAAUUUUGGAAACGUUUACAGUACGAAAUGCCUUUUAAGAGGAUAGAACCCAUCACACACGAGCAGGUUUUAGAUGUCAGUGAGCAGGGGCCCUUUGGGGAACUGCAGACGGUCUCAGCCAUUUCAAUGGCUGCUGCCACCUCCACCGCUCUUGCCACUGCCCAUCCAGAUCUGCGCUCCACCUUUCAUAAUACUUAUCAUUCACAGAUGCGCCAGAAACACUAUUAUCGAAGCUAUGAAUACGAUGUACCUCCUACUGGCACCCUGCCUCUUACCUCAAUAGGUAACCAGCAUACCUACUGCAACAUCCCUAUGACACUUAUCAAUGGGCAGCGGCCGCAGACAAAAAGUAACAGAGAGCAGAAUCCAGAUGAGGCUCACACAAACAGUGCGAUACUGCCCCUCUUGCCACGGGAGACCAGUAUUUCAAGUGUCAUUUGGUGACAGAAAUGCAAGGGGGGACCCUAACCCCCUUGAGUAGGAGCUAAGUGUGCAGUCUGGUGCCUGGAACUACAUCCUCGACUGCUGCUGUUAAACAUGCAUUACAAUCUAUAAAAUACGAGGAAAAACAGGGUCUUGUACAUAUGUUUUUUGCAGUUUCUUUGUAGCAUCAGUCUUCCUGUUUUACCCAUGUCUCUUGCCAUUCACAUUUUUGACUUUGUUUUAUACAUCAUUGGAAUUUGUAUAUUACGUUUUUUUUUUAAUGAAGAGACUGCUGUAUAGAUAGGAAAUCUUUUUUGCUCCAUUAGUAUAGUUUUAGAAUUUUUUUAAACAUUUCUUGGGAAUGCUUGGACGAAGCUAUGUUAAUAUCAGAAGCACCAUCCAUUUUGUUGGCCUGCCUAGCCUGAUACAUGAAGGCCAUGCCUGCUGCAUUUCACCGUUGUGAAGAACCUUUGUUCUUAGGAGGACCCCGCCUAUCAUUCUGAGCUCCAAUUUCAUUACUUAUCCCAUGACAACACUCUUUCCUCCCACUUCCCCUUAUGAUGGUCCCAUGCUGGGUAACACUACAGACAGUCUGAUCAUCUAACAUUUAACUGAGUAAAUGCCUGUCAGACAACAAGAUAUACCCAAUAUGUAUCAAUUGCCUCAUAGUAACCACUACGGAGUGUGUAGAAAGUAGCGUUUGUUUUUGUUUUAUGGAUGAGUUGAUUUGUACCCCUUUUAUUUAUAUAAAGCAACAACCCUAAUUCGA